AGAUCCUCUGGCGCAUGCGCAGUGCCCGCUCCCUGUUUUGACCCUGCGCGUUACUCGUAGUUUCGUCAUUCAAUGUUGCUCGGAGAAGACAGACGUGUAUUUAGUUGUAGUGUUCAGGAAAUAGGGAGACAUGACGACCGAGGUCCAGAACAGAAUGUUCAGCCGGGUCCAGGGCCCCGGGCCGGGCGGAGGCGGUGCCCCGUCAUUGGAUACACUAGACUGGGAUUCUUCAUUGUUUGAUGAACUGAGCAACUUAGUAGGUGUUGAUGAUUUUUUCGGAGAUGGGAAAUGCGAUGCUUAUGAGACAAAUUUUGAUAAUCUUGAUUUUACAAUUGACCUGAUGUCAUGGAAUUCUUAUCCGUGGGACGGUCCUGAUCAGCACGUUACAGGAGACAUAAAACCGGAACCUUUAUCACCCGCGUCUUCCAGCUGUUCUGUGCAGUCUCCUAUGUCUUCUGACUCCUUGGCCUCCUCUUAUCAAUAUGUACCGGAAGAGGUCGAUAUUUCCUCCAGUUCUCAGAUGUCUCCUGUUUCACUGUACUCCGAAGCAGCAAGAAGUCCUAGAUCCCCAGAUCAACCCGAAGAGAAGCCAACAAUCACAAUACCACUGAACACGGGUAACUCUUCUACCAAGCUGAGAAAGCUUGCUCCAGUUGUGCCUAAGCCAUCCAUACAACCGAAAAUUAUCCUGGUUCCUACCUCCACAGACAUCUCAUCAUCCUCAGGAAUUGCCCCCAAAACUGUUUUAUUUCAGCCUCUGGCAACAUUGCUGCCAAAACCACAGCCAUUAAUCACAAUUCAGCCAACACCACAGGCCGCUCAGCAAGUUCUUCUUACUCCUUCUACUGUCGUACAACUUCCUCGCCCCGGGAUAGUAGCUUCGCAGCCUGUACUCGCUGUCAAUGGAGCACCAGCCCCUCUGUCCACACCGCCCAUUAACCUGCUGUCACACGCGGCGGUUCCGAAUGGGAAAACCUCACCUGUCCAUCCCAUGUCACAGCCAUCGAUCCAGACUACGGAUGUAGGAGCCGACAUGAACGUGAUACGGCGGCAACAAAGAAUGAUCAAAAACCGUGAAUCUGCAUUUCAGUCUAGAAGGAAGAAGAAGGAAUACAUGCAAGGUUUAGAGAUGCGGCUGAGAGCUGCCUUGUCUGAGAAUGAGAAGCUCAAGAAGGAAAAUGGGUCCUUGCAAAAACUCCUGGAAGAAGUGGUGUCUGAGAAUCAGAAGCUCAAAGUGACUGCUCCAAAGCGAAGAGCCGUGUGUCUCAUGAUGCUGGCUGCGUUCUUAAUGAUGAAUUUUAGUCCACUAAGUAUCUUGGAGUUUAACCAAGGUCCCUUUGAUGUGGAGGUGAGCCCUCUUCGCCCAAGCAGUAGACACUUGCUUGAAUUUUCACCCGGAAAUAUAGAAAUAAAGGACGAAGAGCUACCGCCACAGGAUAUAAGACUUGAACAUCACAUCUCGAGCGAGAAGGCAUUGAUGGUCGUGAAAGAGGACCCGGUGAUUUACAUUCCUCCUCCUCCUCCCUGCCGACCACAUGUCAACCUAACAGAAUCCCUCAGGCUAAACCAACAGCUUCGAGGCUGGGUUCAUAGACAUGAGGUUGAACGGACAAAGUCUAGACGAACACUUAGCACCCAAAAAACAAGGGCAGUGCAGAAAUCCGAUGGUAAAGAUGGCACACAACUAGUGACAAUGCAAUACACGGAGACCAGCUUAAAGAACUCCGUAAAUGAGUUACAGAUCUAUUAUUCUUCACCGAGAAGCUAUCAGGAGUUUUUGGAAGCCAUCCGUAGAAGGGGAGACACCUUUUAUGUUGUGUCUUUUCGUAGGGACCACUUGCUGUUACCAGCAACCAACAGAAAUAAAACCAGCCGACCAAAGAUGUCUAUUAUUUUGCCGUCAACAAAUGUACAUGACAACGUGAUCAACGAACAAGAAUAUGAAGUGAUGAUGCAGAUAGACUGCGAAGUCAUGGACACGCGGAUUUUGCAUGUAAAGUCUGCAACUAUCCCUCCGUUCCUCCGAGAGCAGCGCGAGAACCAAACCAAUACCUUCUAUAACUCUGCCUCUUCUGGCUCGGAGCAUGCUCAUGUUGUAAGCACCAUCACAGAGUCUCCACUAUAAUAAAAAAAUCUAGAAUCUAGAAUCUCUUCUGCGAGGAGAGGCUAUAAGUAGUGUGAAUACGUGUCCAGUAUUUUAUCUAUUUAUAUCCUCUAUGUUGGCAAUAAAUAAUCUCAUUCCUGUGCUUAGCAGCCUCGCAGAACAAUUGCUGACAUCCAUAUUCUGAAGUCAUCUGCAUGACCAGUGAUUUACUGGCAUAUACAGUGUCUGGGUAUUUUUAUUUUUUAAAUUUUUCAUAAAAUAUCCGGUCACUAAUCACAAAAACUUUGGCAUUUUCCAAACUUCGCACUUGCAGGGAAUGAUAAGAAAAAAAUGAAUAUAUGUGAAGGAGUUUAGUAAAUUGUCUAUUGCACAACCUGUAAUCCUAAAGUAGUGGUCUCCAAACUGUGGCCCUCCAGCUGUUGCAAAACUACAACUCCCAGCAUGCUGGGAGUUGUAGCUUUGCGCUUGCUGGAUGGCCAUAUUUUGGAGACCACUCUUUAAUCUUUACUAGUUCAUUAGAUCUGACUUGCUUAACUACCUCUCUGUACUAAGGCUCUUCCUGGGGUCAGGCAUUGGUUUACAGGGAAGCUGCCUUCAAUAGGUGGCACUACAGCAAAACACACUGUUCCUUCUGUAGAAGAACUACUACUUUUUUUUUUUUCCCCUGGGGGCCUAAAAGAUAACUUGGUGACAAAAAAAAAAAAAAAAAAAGUAUGCACGCCUCCCAGUAUAUUAUUGUUAAUAAUAGUGGCACAAAGAGACAGUAAGUUGUACACUUACUGGAGGGUGUUACAGCCCGAGAACAACCCCAUUAGUAACAUUCAAAGCGGAGAAGGAUCAACAGACUUUGAUCCACUCGAUCUCCAGGAACCAGAGUGGUGCGAAUGCAGGAAACUAGAUGAGCAACCCGAUGGGUGUUUUGAAAUUCGAUAAAACCAUAGGGUGCUUCUCCCAAUCAGGAGGUUGUUGUAUAAUAAUUAUUACACAAAGCACGUAUGACGCAUUUCUAGUCUGCAUCAGGCUCUUCUUCAGGUCAAGCUCGGUGUGUGUGUGUGGACUAAAAAUGUGUCAAGUAUAUUAUACAGCAACUCCCGCAUUGGAGAGCUGAAUGGGAGGAGCACCAUUUCGUUAGAUCCAAUGUUAAGACACCGACAUCGGGCUCUUCUUCAGGUCAGCACGAUCUGAAGAAUUGUCCAGUGUGGACUAGAAACCUGUCAUAUGUAAUAAAGUAUAUUGUUAUAAAACAACCUUCUGGGAUGGGGAUUUGAAUUGAGGAAGCAGAUAGAAAAACAAAGCCGCACAUCCACCAUUUGUAUUUUGAUCUACUUGCUUCUCAGCAUAAUUUUAAAAACCAACAGGUUGUAAGUAUACAUAGUGAUCAAAAAGUACAAGCCCACUCGCCACGUCAAGGCCACCUAGUCAGAGUGGGUCCCUAACCUAACACUGGUGUAGCGCCGGGCGACGACCACUUCCUCAGAGACACCAUGCCCACAGGGGGAACGACCCAGCCAACUACAGACCAGGGGUCAGAAGAUGACAAUUUUAAACAUACUAAUUUUGGUGAAUGUAGUUAUAAUUUCUUUAAAGUAGUAAAAUAAAUAAAACCUACAUAAAUUGGGUAUCCCUGUAACCGUAUGGACCUACAGAAUAAUGUCAUUUUUACCGAAGAGUGCACUGUGUAGAAACGGAAGCCCCAAAAAGUUGAAAAAUGGCGUUUUUUUUUCUUUUUUCUUUUACCCCGCAGAUUGUUAUAAAAUAAGUAAUGUCCUAACAAAGUACAAUUGGUGACGCAAAAAAAAAGCCCAUAUAUGGGUCUGUAGGUGCAAAAUUGAACGUGUUAUGAUUUUUAGAAGAUGAGGAGGAAAAAACGUAAGUGCAAAAACGAAAAUUGUUUUGAGUCCUUAAGGUGAAAAUGGGCUUAGUCCUUAAGCGGUACUCCCACCCUGGACAUCUUAUCCCCUAUCCAAAGGAUAGGGGAUAAGAUGUCUGAUCACGGGGUUCCCGGAGUCGCGACUCAGACCCUCCAGCGGUUCCGGUGAGAACACAGGUAGGUGCCGCAUGCAAUAAUGCGGGGGUCCCCAGCGGCAGGACCCCCGCGAUCAGACAUCUUAUCCCCUAUCCUUUGGAUAGGGGAUAAGAUGUCUAGGGUGGGAGUACCCCUUUAAGGGGUUAAAGGUGUUUUCUCAUGAAGACCCUCUCUGUCAUGUACCCUAUUUGGGCACAUAGACAUCACAAAGGGAUGGCCCCCUUCUCUAUGGACCACAAUGGAAAGUGGUUCUGUACGAGCGGCUCCCGUUCUAAAAGAGUCAAGCUGGCCUUGUACUACAAGUGCGCCUAUUUAUCUGAAUGACCACAAUGUAAUACCUGAUCUGAGGCUUGGCUGGAUGCAGCUUUCAUUGGGAAUAGGACCUAAGGCUAUGAGCCGAUGGCACCAGGGAUUCAUUCUGGUUAUCUCUUUAACAGUAAAUAUCAUAAUGUGACCUGACAAAACUGUUUUGCUGCCUUCUGUAACAUAUACAUAUAGUGAGUAUGGCCGUGAUGUGCUCUGCUCCACUGUGCGUAUCCUGCUGAUUUUUUAUUGCACUUUUUUAGUCAUUGGUUUGUAUAGGAUAAGGGUAUGGGAUUUACAGUAGUAUAGUGUGUGUGUGUGUGUGUGUGUGUAUAAUAUAUAUAUAUAUAUAUAUAUAUAUAUAUAUAUAUAUAUAUAUAUAUAUAUAUAUAUAUUAUACUUUGAGAUAAAUACAUAAUGCUCUGCAUAAAUUGAAGGAACAAUUCUUGGUAUAAAGAUAUGUCAUCUUUUUUAUGACAUCUUAAAGUCAGAAGUUAAGUAAUUUCUCAAGUCAUUGAAAUCCUACAGGACAUGUAAAUUUUUUUAGUAACCUUGUGUUUAAAGAGUUAUAGUCAUUAAUAACUUUUGACAUGUCAAAAGUUAAAGGCGUACUCCACUACUUUAAACGUAUUCCCUAUCCACACGCGCUCAGCACACUAUGGGAGCUCUGGAGGUAGUUGGGGGACUCGUGUAUCUACAGUGCUGCCAUAGUCAAUGCAUGGAGCGCAUACUGACAUGGGCCUCCAAGCACAGAGAGAAAUGGGGCCCCAUUCUGGAGAUCCUGCAGAUAGGGCUUACAUCUUAAAGUAUUGAGUAUCCCUUAAAGAUCUGCCAGGGUCUUAAGGGCGGAUUCCACUUUCAAUCACCAGUAAUAGCCACAUGAAUCAUGCUGUAACGUCCUUCACUCCCCUGAUCAGAUGGCCAGCCAAAAUUUCUUUUCAUAGAAAAAAUGCCUCAGUUAAAGAGGGGACCUUAUUAAAAAAAAAAAAAAGUACUCCAUGGUGUGGGAUGUAAUUGCAUAGUCCCCCGACUUAUUUCACCAUUCACUGCUCCCUGAUGCACCGUCCUCCUCUGCCCACUCUGCUCCAAUUUCUCUCUGCUCCUUCCUCCUGCACACCCCAUUAAAACUGCAUUUCCCAGCAGUCCUCACUGCCGAGAAUGGUAGAAAGGGGAGUGGUUUGCUAUGUCAAAAGGGGCGUAACAUGACACGCUAUGAUAGAGGAGGUGGUUUGGUUAGACGAUCUUAGAGGGCGCGGCUUGUCGGUGCGGUGUCAAAAAGAGAGGUGGCUUACAAGGCAAGGACACUGAAAUCCAGGACAAAGUGUCACAUGAUCUUUGUCUCUGUUGGAGGGGGUGGGGUUAAGACAGAUCUGACAGAGGAUGACAGGUUUUUCUUCACUUCAGUUUGAAUUAGAAUUUUUGCCAUCCGGAGUACCCCUUUAAAUAUUUCCCAUGCUUUAGUUAUUUGUUCAGAUUUAACAUAAAUCACUUUUAUUUUAGUGUUAGGGAUUGUGUGAGUUUCUGGAUGACAAUACAAUGGUAGGAUAGAGUGUUCUGAAUGAUAGAGUUAGACUAAACAUUGCAUUGGUAUGUAACAUGUCUAUUUUGUACUUUUAUUUGGUUUAACCACUUCAUUUAUGCAAAUCUUUUUGUCUAUUGUAUUUAAAAGGCAUUCUUUUAAUAAAAAAAUUC